AUGAGCUCUCCGCCGCUCAACACCUGGCCGAAGUCCAGCUCUGUGGCAGGCAAGGAUCGUGUCGAGGUCGGUGAAAGGGUCUUCAAAGAGGAGAAGGCCAGCUCACGAAAGGUCUCUAGUCAGGAGAUCAUGGGCGGGGACUUCAGUUUGAAGCCGCCCACGAAGCAGAAGAAGAGGAUGAACAUGACGCUGGUGAAGGGACCGAGAGAAGCAUCUUCUUCUGGAGGACUGGAGCACACGAUCCUCAAAGACUUGGGUCCCAAAGGCAUGGAGGCCUUUACACAAGCUUUGAAAGAAGGCAAGCAACGUCCUGGUUGUGUCAAGCUCUGUUUCGUGGGCCAUGCGCGUGCUGGAAAGACCUCCACGCUGAAGGCGCUUGCAGACAAGCCUUUCGAUACACAGCAGCGGAGCACACACGGUGUGGAAACCUUUGUUUUAUCCAAUGAGCUUUUGCAGAUCUCCAAGCCCGAAUCGGUGGCGGCGGGUUCGACGGCCACUCCUUGGGGCGUCCUGGAGGGCAGCAGCGUUCGAGAACUUCUCAGCAAAGGAGUUGCCAAGCGUUUGGCACAACAGUUGAAAGAUCAAAGCCAGAAGGAAGCCCGACAGGAGACACCAGAGACAAGACAAUCCUCAAUCUCUCGGUCCUCCAGCCGCCAGUUCAAGGAGGAGAGUGGCUCACACUUCUCGGACUUUUCGGAGAUGCAAGAAAUCAUCAAGAUGCCCAUGGAUCUGGUGGCCAAGGCGAUGAAUCAGACCGGCCCAGAGGAUCCGGAGCAAGUGGUCCUGCAAACCUGGGACUUUGCUGGGCAGGAGAUGUACUACAGCAUGGCUCAUGUCUUCAUCACAGCUCCAGGUAUCUACGUCUUGGUUGUCGAUUUGAGUCAAUGGUUGGAAGCCGUCACCAAGCCUGCCUCGGUGUAUUCCUGUGGCUUGCCCGUGGAGCUGUCAGAGCCUCGUCUUUUUGCGGCGGACUACCCAUCAGAGUGCUUGGAAGCGGAUGGGCAGCCCUGCAAGCAAUUGCUGCAGCAGAUCGCGCUCCAAAAACGGAAUGGGGAGUUGAAGUUUAUCCCUUGGAAGCAAAUCUUGAGCGUUGUGCAAUGCGAUCGUUCCCGCCAGUCCUGCUCCCGCUCUAAGGAGAAGUCUCUCCUGGGCCUUUUGGCGGAUGUGACAGGACAUGUUGACGCUUUGGAAGCUGACGUGUCUUCCUCCCCCUUCGCUGUGCAGAAGGUUUUGUCGCUGCGCAGUGUGGCGUGGGCGUUGCUGGAUUGGUGCCAUUUGUCGUCGGGCAAAAUGCUUGUCAACAAAUUCAUGCUGCUGUAUCAUCGCGUUGGGCUGGCUGAUGUGGGGAUGCGCCCCCCAAACCUUGCAGAGGCUGAGUUUGCGGAUGCGGAACUCUGCCGUCAACUGCAGGACUUGAUGAGCAAGGGCAAUGAUUUGGACAGGGCUAUUUAUGAGGCAGUUGUGGUGCGAGACAGUUUGCGAUUGUGGCUGCAGCCGCGCCUCAAAGCUCCAGCAGAGAAGGGAAGGCGUCCUUCCCCGUAUGGUGCUGAAACUACAAGUGCUGGCAAGGGUCGUGGCCAAGGCAAGGGCAAGGGCAAAGACAAAGGGGUGAAGCGUGCCAAGGGUCUUUGUUGGAGCUUCCAAGAAGGCAAAUGCACUAUGCGCGACGAAUGCAUGUUUAAGCAUCACUGUGAUCAUUGCGGCUCUGCUGAACAUGGGCGGCAUGCGUGCGAGAAGCUUUUGCAACUGGCGAAAGAGGAUUAG